CAACCUACCAAACAAAGGUAUCCUUUUUCGUAUAUUGCUUUCUCUCCAAAUUCCCCCUAAAAAAACUUAGUGAGUCUUUAACAGAAAAUCAACAAAUUUACCAGAUUUCAUUUCAUCCCUUUUACACCUACACUCUUUCAGCAAAUAUUCCUCUUAUUUAAGUGAGUCAUCUCCUUUAAUUUCCAUAUCCAAUCUCUACAUAACGUGCAGAGCAACUCGGAGAGUAAAAGCUAGAAGAAAGUGUUAAGAAUGUGGAAGUUGAAGAUUGCAGAAGGACAAGAUGGACCAUAUUUGUACAGCACAAACAACUACGUAGGACGUCAAACGUGGGAGUUUGAUCCAAAUGCUGGAACACCAGAAGAACGAAAGGAGAUUGAAGAGGCUCGUCAACAAUUUUGGAAUAAUAGGUAUAAAGUCAAGCCUAGUGGAGAUCUUCUUUGGCGAAUGCAGUUUCUUCGAGAGAAGAAUUUCGAACAGAAAAUUCCAGCAGUAAAAGUAGAAGAAGGAGAAGAAAUUACAGAUGAAGUUGCCACAACUUCAUUGCGUAGAGCUGUUCAUUUUUUUUCAGCAUUACAAGCUAGUGAUGGUCAUUGGCCUGCUGAAAAUGCUGGUCCUUUAUUCUUUCUUCCACCUUUGGUUAUGUGUGUGUAUAUCACCGGUCAUCUUAAUACUGUAUUCCCAGCUGAACAUCGGAAGGAAAUUCUUCGGUAUAUAUACUGUCACCAGAAUGAAGAUGGUGGAUGGGGUUUGCACAUAGAAGGUCAUAGUACAAUGUUCUGUACAACACUGAGUUACAUAUGCAUGAGGAUUCUUGGGGAAGGACGGGAUGGUGGCGAAAACAAUGCAUGUGCUAGAGCAAGGAAAUGGAUUCUUGAUCAUGGUAGUGUCACCGCGAUUCCUUCAUGGGGUAAAACAUGGCUCUCGAUUCUUGGAGUUUUUGAGUGGUUAGGAACCAACCCAAUGCCCCCUGAGUUUUGGAUUCUUCCAUCUUUUCUUCCCAUACAUCCAGCGAAAAUGUGGUGUUACUGUCGAAUGGUCUACAUGCCAAUGUCUUAUCUCUAUGGGAAGAGAUUUGUUGGUCCAAUCACACCUCUCAUUUUGCAACUGAGGGAAGAGUUAUAUGAUCAACCAUACAAUGAAAUUAAUUGGAGAAAAGUACGCCAUGUAUGUGCUAAGGAGGAUCUCUACUACCCUCAUCCGUUGGUUCAAGAUUUGAUGUGGGACAGUCUCUACAUAUGUACCGAGCCUCUAUUGACUCGUUGGCCUUUCAACAAACUGAGAAAUAAAGCUCUUGAAGUUACCAUGAAACACAUACACUAUGAAGAUGAGAAUAGUCGAUACAUCACCAUUGGAUGUGUCGAAAAAGUACUGUGCAUGCUUGCUUGUUGGGUUGAGGAUCCCAACGGUGAUUAUUUCAAAAAACAUCUUGCUAGAAUCCCAGAUUAUUUGUGGGUAGCUGAAGAUGGAAUGAAAAUGCAGAGUUUUGGUAGUCAAGAAUGGGAUACUGGUUUUGCUAUUCAAGCACUAUUGGCCAGUGAGAUGAAGGAUGAGAUAGCAGAAACUCUUAAAAGAGGACACAACUUUAUAAAAGAAUCGCAGGUGAAGGACAAUCCUUCUGGUGAUUUUAAAGGGAUGUAUCGGCAUAUCUCAAAAGGAUCGUGGACAUUUUCAGAUCAAGAUCAUGGCUGGCAAGUCUCUGAUUGCACUGCUGAAGCAUUAAAGUGCUGUCUUCUCUUCUCUACAAUGCCUCCUGAAUUAGUUGGUGAGGCAAUGGAACCUUCUCGACUUUAUGACUCGGUGAAUGUUAUUCUUUCCUUACAGAGCAAAAAUGGGGGUUUAGCAGCGUGGGAGCCUGCAGGGGCCUCGGAAUAUUUGGAGUUGCUCAAUCCUACUGAAUUUUUCGCGGACAUUGUCAUUGAGCAUGAGUAUGUUGAGUGCACUGCUUCAUCAAUUCAAGCACUUGUUCUGUUUAAGAAGCUGUACCCUGGACACCGAACAAAAGAGAUAGACAAUUUCGUUGCUAAUGCUGUUAAAUAUCUUGAAGAUGUACAGAUGCCCGAUGGCUCAUGGUAUGGUAAUUGGGGUGUGUGCUUCACAUAUGGUUCCUGGUUCGCGCUUGGAGGGCUUGCUGCAGCAGGCAAGAGUUACAGCAACUGUGCAGCUGUCCGUAAAGGCGUUGAAUUUCUGUUACAAACACAAAGGUCUGAUGGUGGUUGGGGCGAAAGCUACCGUUCUUGCCCAGACAAGGUAUAUAGAGAACUUGAAACAGAUAACUCAAAUCUUGUACAAACUGCAUGGGCAUUGAUGGGAUUGAUUCACUCAGGACAGGUUGGCAGAGAUCCAAGGCCGCUCCACCGCGCAGCAAGGCUGUUGAUUAAUUCUCAGAUGGAAGAUGGUGACUUCCCACAGCAGGAAAUUACUGGUGUUUUCAUGAAGAAUUGCAUGUUGCACUAUGCUGCAUACAGAAAUAUAUAUCCAUUAUGGGGUUUGGCUGAAUACCGCAAAAAUGUCCUAUCACCAUUACAAAACAACUAAAUAUAUUUGACUGUAGCAUUCUUCAAAAAGAGAGAGAGAUGAAAGAAAUCUGCUGAAUAGAAUAUAGUUUGGUCCUUACUGUUUACCCCCAAAAGAAUGUAUUUUAUUGUUUGUUGUGUUAAUAAAAGUGAUGUAAAAAAAUAAAAAUUCAUAGCCUAAGCUACUGUUACUAUUUUGUAUACAUAAUUUGUGAAUAAAGGAUAUUACAAAGAAAAAAAAAAGGUUGCCUUGCUCU